AUGAAUGAUACAUCAAAUAGUACGGAGUUGGAAAUAUCUUUAAAUUCAUUAUCAAAAUCAUCUUCACCAUCAACAGGAAAAUUACGUUCAAAUAAAAGAGUAUCAAUACAAUUUGAUCCUAAUAGAAGUAUUGUUGCAGCAGGUGUGUCGGAAAAGUUAUUAAAUCAACCGGGAUUAGAAAAUGUUAAACUUUAUAUAGAAGAAAUAAGAAAUGCAUAUGAUUAUGCUACUGCACAAAAUAAAGAUGCAUUAGAAAAGUUAGAAGAACUUAGAAAAAAACUUGACGAUGUAACAAAUUCUUAUGAAGAGGAGAAUGUUCGUUUAAAAAAUUCUAUUCGUAUGUCAGACUAUUCUCACGUUAAGUUAACACAAGAGAUAAAAUUAUUAAAAAGACACUUGACAAUUAAAGAUCAAGAUGAUAGUGAAGUAAAACAACGACUUAGUGAAACAUUAAAAUCACAUGAUGACUUGAUAGAAGAAAUGGAAAAAGUUCAAGAAGAAAAUGCUCAAUUAAAAGAUUCAAUUAUUUUAUUAGAUUCUUAUGAAGAAAAGAUAAAAGAGUAUGGUGAAAUGGUUAAAGUUCUUGUUCAAGAUAAAGAUAUUUUAGAAGUAAGAUUAUCGGGUUUACAAAAAGAAUUGCAAAAACAAAUUCUUAAAAAUACAAAUUCAGAUAGUAAUAAUAUUGAAUUACAUUUAUGCAAUGCAUCAAUAAAACAAUUAAAGAAAAAAAAUGAUGAACUCCUUAAUGAUUUAAUUGCCAUAAAAGACGAAAAAACAAAUCUUGAUAAAACUGUUAAACAACUUAAAGGUACAAUAUUUAAUUUAGAAAUUGAUUUAAAAUAUUUCCAAGAUCAAGUAGUUGAACAAGUUAAACUAAUAGAAAAACAACAAAAAGAAAUAAUGUCUUUAAAAGCUGAAAAUAAUAAAUUAAAUGAAGAUAAUAUACGUCUAAAUGAGGAAUUGAAAAAUAAAGAGUGUAUAUAUUUAUCGAAUGAAAAUAGAUUACAAGAAGAAAUUUCUUCCAUUAUUCAUCAAAAUAAAGCACAUUUGGAAAAAAUUAAAGAAGAAAAUUACAUUGAAAGGGAAACACUUAUCAAAAACCAUGAAGAAAUGAUGAAGGUAAUGGAGGAAAAACAUAAAAAUGCAAUAGUCGAAAUUCAUAAAAAAGAUGAAGAGAAAAUUGAUGCAUUGAAAGUGCAAUUUAAUGAACAAUUAGAUAUUGUUGCAAUUGCAGCAACAAGGCGUUCAGAAGAUAAAAUAAAAGAACUAAAGGGUCAGGUAAAAGAUUAUGAAACUCAAUUGAAUAAAUUAAUGCUUGAAAAUAAAAAAUUAAUGGAGGAAAAAAUAAGUAGAGAGGAGGAACUUAGAGAUGCCGAAGAAAUAUAUACAAAAAAUUUAAAUAAAAAAUGUGAUGAAUGUACGGAAUUAAAUAAAUCAUUGUCAUUUACAAAAGAAGAGUUGCAUAAUUAUAUAUCUUUUGUUGAACAGCUAGAAGGAAAUAUAACAAAUUAUAAAAAUAAAAUAGAAACUGUUCUAGAACCAACAAUUAAUUCACUUACUGAACAAAAUAAAAAACUUGAAGAACAAUACGUUGAGAAAUAUACACUUAACACAAGUCUACAAAUGGAAUUGGAAGAAAAGAAAAGAGAAAUUGAAUUUUUAAGAAUGCAACGAGAUAAUAAUAUGCAACAAACUUCUACAAAUAAUGAAAAACAAAACAAUAAUACUCUUUCAGAUCAAUAUUUACAUGAAUUAUCUGAGUAUAAAAGGUAUUCUAAUGAACUUUUAGAUGCGUACAAUUCACUUAAAUUAAGUUUUGAUAAUCAGGCAAAAAUUAUCAAUGAGGGCAAAAAUUAUACGGAUUUUCUAACAAAAAAAUUAGAAGAAAAAGAUUUAAUUAUAAAUGCUUUUGAAGAAAAAGUAAAAGAAUUUAAUAAUUGUAACAAUCAUAAUCAAGUAUCUGAUAAAGAUUCUUCUGUUAUUGAAAAAGAAACUAUACAAAAUCAGUAUUUAACAAAUGACACAUUAAAAGAGGAUAGUAAAAAUAUAUUAGUUUGUAAAAAUUGUGAAAAAUUAGCAAAAGAUAUUUCAACAUUGGAUUAUAAAGCACAAGAUUUAAUUUCGCAAAUAAGUUUCAUGCAAAAACAAAUAAAUGGUCUUAAUAUUCAAGCUACAUCAUAUUCUGAUAAAAUUGAACAACUUGAACAACAAAUUGAAGUUUAUGAAGAUGAAAGAUUGGAACAUGAAACAAGUGAAAAUGAGAUGCGAGAAAAAAUUAAAAAAUUAGAAAAUGAUAAUAAUUUAUUUUCUAGAGAAAUAGGCUGUCUUAAAGAACAAUUAUGCUCUGUUAAUCAAGAACUUAUUGUUAAAGAUCAAGAAUUAUCAAGACAUCAUGAACAAUUAUUAUUGUUAGAAAUUGAAAAAGAAAAAUUAAGUAGAGAAAUAAGAAAAAAUGAUUUACAUGAUCAUAAAAAUGAUGGUGAUUCAAUGAUUUCUAAAGAAAUAUAUGAAACAAUUUUAUGUGAUUCUCAAAUGUUGAUAAGCGAUUUACGUGAUUUUGUUGAUCGUGUAUCUAUAACUUUAGAAUCACUAAUGAGUAGACCAUUCCCGACUUUACCUGAAGUUGAUUAUCCUUCUAUGAUUAAUAUUGCAAAGGCAGUUGUUCAAUUAAUUGAAUUAAUUCCAUCAAAAGAAACAAAUUGUAACUCUAUAAAUACAACAAUUAAUCCACAUAUUAAUGAAUUAAAUUGUAAAAUUCGUCAACUUGAAAAUAAAUUAUGUGAGAAUAAUCAAAAUUGGGAAAGUUUUUAUAAAAUUGAACAUGAUUGUAGAAUGUCAUUUGAAGAAAAACUUCGAGCAGCAGAAGAACAAAUUAGUCGUUUAACAAUUCAAUUAUUGGAGGAUAGAGGAAUAGACGAAUUGCAAAAAACUCUAGGAGAUUCAGCGAUUACUGUUAUUCCACCAGAGGUUUUAUCAUCUAUUCCUAUCGGUAUCAAAAUGAAAAUCUCAAUUUUAGCGGCAAAACUUAGUACAAAGAUGCUUGAUAAUGAUGCAUUAUUAAGAGCAAAUAAAGAAAUAGCAGAUACAAAUGUUCUUCUACAAAAUCGUUUAGAUUACUACAAAGAAAAAUUGGAGUCACUAGAGGAAAAUAGUAUGUGUGAUCAAUCAUUAAAAGUCUUAAAAAAUUCAGAAGUGGAAAAUCAUGAAAAAAAAGAAAUGGAACUACUUACUGAUGAAAAUAAUGAAGCAGAAAAUGCAUUUUGUAGUCAAAUUGAUUUACCCAUAACAUCAAUAACUGAAUCAUCUCCACCUAAUUUAUCUAUUGAAGAUAAUUCAAAGGAUCACCAAACAACUAAUAUUUGUAAUGAUGAUGAAUUAGAUUCCAAUAUUUCAAAAAUUAAUAGCAUAGAAAUUAAUUUAGAUACUAUUAUUGAAAAAUCAAAUUUUGAAAAAGAUAAAACAGUUAAGUGUAUUACUGAAAAAUGUUUAGAACAUGAUAAAUUAACAAUUACACAUACUGAUAUUCAAUUUUCCAAUAAAAAUGAAAUGUUAAAUUGUAUGAAAAAUGUUGAUGUGUCCGCAUAUGAAAAUGAAAAAUUAGUAAUAAAACCACAAUCAACUACAAUAGAUGCCACUUUAAUUGAAAAAAACAUUGAGGUAGAAAAACCAACAAAUGAUGAAGUAAAUAAUAAAGUAAACAAAAUUUCAAAUGAAAUAAAACCAACAACUUCAACAAGUAAAAAUGAGGAAGUUGAUAAUCAAGAUUUUGAUAAAACUGUUAAUAAUGAAACUACAAAAAUUCUUUAUCAUAAUAACGAUGAAAGCGAAGGAUUAAAAAAUAAAAAGUUUGAUAAUAAAAAAAAUAUUCAAGACAAUAAUAGAAGUGAGAAUCUAGUUUCAAAAGACAAUGAAACAUUUGUAAAAGAGGAUAAAAAAUCUAGAUUGAAAAUUGAUGAUCAUGUUACAUUAACAAAUAAAGGUGGAAGUAAUAAAAUAUCAUCUGAAAAAAAUACAAUAUCUAAACAACCUAAAGGAAUAAGUCCAAUUAGUAAGGAAAUUUUUGAUCCAUUUGAAAUUACUCAAAUAAUAAAGAAUGAUGAAAGUAAUAUAUUUGAAGAUGUAUUUUCUCAAGAUAUACCAAUAAAACCUAUAACAAAUACAAGACAAAAAUCUUCAUCAGGUAUUGGUAAAAAAAAUAAUACUAAAAAAAUAAAAAUUGAGAAUGAUAUGUUUACAAACUUUAAUUUACCUGAUAUGCAUUUAAAUCAACAAAAUAUUGUUCAAAAAGGAAAUAAAGCAAAUUUUAGUAGUUUUAAUUCGAAAGGAGCAUUUGUAGUUCCAGAUAAAGUUUCUCUGAAUCGUGACUAUGGUAAAUCAAGACAAACUAAUGAUAUUGUAUUACCACGCUCUGAAACACCAAAAGAUUUUGUUCCUGUGGAUUUCAAGAAAGAACCACCAAAAAGUAUUUUAAAACCAAGAGCAUUAUCAAAGCCCAAAUACACUAAUUAA